AUGCGAGCAGCAAAGCGACGCUGCUUCAGCAGCUCCUGGUUCCACCGACUGCUCUUCCAACAAAUGAAAUGCACACACCGACAUGGUACUUACGUUUUCUUAACUGAAGUCAAUUACUCUUUGCAGAUCUACGCUUGUGUCAUCCUCGGUUUGGCCACCAGCGCCUUCGCCGUCUAUGCUCCUGUCAACUAUGGCGCAGGAUAUACUGGCUACGCUUUGAACCAUGGUAUUGGCUACUCUGGCCUCACCGGUUUUGGCAUCAGCCAUGGCCUCGGUUACGCUCCAGGUACUAGCUACGCCGUCGCUGCUCCAGCCGUGAGCGGUACUGUUUCUGCUACCUACCACGCUGCUCCAUCUCUGACGACCGUUCACGCUUCACCGGCACUCACCACGUACGCCGCUACUCCAGCGGUCACCACUUACGCCGCUGCGCCAGCAGUUGCUAAGGUAGCCACUACCUACCAUGCAGCGCCAGGUGUAACCACCUACGCAGCUGCCCCAGCUGUUUCCCGUGUCACAACGGUUUAUCAGUCUAGACCAGCUGUUGCCACCACCCCCGCUAUUACAACAUAUGCUGCUCCAGCCGUUUCAAAGGUUUCCACCACCUAUGCUAGUGCACCAGCUAUAUCUAGGAUUUACCAAAGUGCUCCAGCUUUGACGAGGAUUUACCAGUCUUCCCCAAUUGUGGCUGCAGCUCCAGCUGUUUCUAAGGUUUCUACUACUUACGCCACCGGCCCAGCAGUCACCCGUGUUUACCAGUCAGCUCCAGUUCUGGCAGCCGCGCCAGCUCCUGUCAAGAUUGCCACCACCUUCGCUACAGCACCAGCCAUCACUAGGGUUUACCAGAAUGCUCCAGCUCUAACCAGGCUUUACCAGUCUUCCCCUGUUGUGGCUACCGCCCCAGCUGUUGCUAAGCUCACCACCACCUACGCCACAGCCCCAGCCGUCAGCCGUGUCUACCAGUCCUCCCCAGUAGUAGCAGCUGCACCAGCCGUCACCUCGUACACUGCCCCAGCCUUUUCCAAGGUUCCGACAACCUACGCUGCGGCCCCAGCAGUCACUAGGGUCUAUCAAAGCGCCCCCACCGUGGAAAGGAUCUAUCAGCCGGCUCCAGCCGUCGCCAAAGUUGCUACUACCUACAGUGCCACACCAGCCGUUACCCGUGUAUACCAGUCAACUCCACUGGUGGCCGCCGCACCUGCUGUAACCACGUACACGGCUCCAGCCUUCGCCAAAGUAGCAGCGACAUAUGCAUCUGCUCCAGCUAUCACCAGGCUCUACCAAAGUUCGCCUGCUUUGACUAAAUUUUACCAGUCAGCUCCAUUUGUUGCGACCGCCCCAGCUGUUGCCAAAGCAGCCACAACCUAUUCUACUGCCCCUGCAGUGACUCGUGUUUACCAGUCCACUCCAGUUGUGGCAACCGGCCAAGCCGUAACCACAUACACUGCUCCGACCACCGCCAAGUUUGCGGCCACCUACGGUGUGGCCCCUGCUGUCACGAGAGUUUACCAGAGUGCCCCAGCAGUAACCAGGGCCUACCAGGCUGCUCCAAUUCUUGCUGCAGCCCCCGCUGUUGCCAAGAUUGCCACCACCUAUGCUUCUGCCCCUGCAAUCACGAGAGUCUACCAGAAUGCCCCAGCAGUGACAAGAGUCUACCAGUCUGCUCCUGUUGUAGCUGCUGCUCCAGCCGUUGCCAAGGUUUCGACCACCUAUGCAGCCAGCCCAGCCUUCACGCGUGUAUUCCAGCCCAACCCAGUUGUGGCAGCCUCGCCAGCUGUCACAACAUACACUGCUCCCGCCGUAGCCAAGGUGGCAACCACGUACGCUGCUGCUCCAGCUAUCACGAGGGUUUACCAGACCUCGCCAGCUUUGACUAAAGUGUACCACUCGACACCAGUUGUUGCCACGGCCCCGGCUGUUUCCAACGUUGCCACCACGUAUUCUACUGCCCCUGCAGUGACCCGUCUUUACCAGUCCACUCCAAUUGUGCGUGCUGCACCUGCUGUCACCACAUACAGUGCUCCAGCAGUCGCCAAGGUGGCCGCCGCCUAUGCGUCCGCGCCAUUUAUUACUAGAGUAUACCAGAGUUCACCGGCUCUGGCCAGGGUAUACCAGUCGGCUCCAGUUGUGGCGUCCCCUCCAGCGGUGACUAAAGUGUACCAGUCUGAUCCAGUAGUUUCCUCUACCCCUAAUUUUGUCACUUUUGGUGGGCCAGCUGUCUCUAAAGUGUCCACUACUACCUACCACACCGCACCAGCCACAGCCGCUGCUCCGGCUGUCGCUACAACUACCUACCACUCUGCUCCAGCUGUAGCAACUGUGGCUGCGGCCCCGGUUUCCUCCUUGGCCGCUGCACCGGCUGUCACUACGACAACCUACCACGCAUCUCCAGGUGUUGGCCCUGUCACCGCUUCCCCAUUUACCCACGUGGCUGCAGCUCCUGUUGUCACUGCAACCUACCAGGGUGCUCCAACUAUAGCCACUGUCGGGGCUGGCCCAGUUACCUCAGUGCACACUGCUCCGGCUGUCACUACAACCACGUACCACACUUCUCCAGGUGUUGAAGCAAUAGCCGCUGCUCCAGGUCUUUCUACAACCACUUACCACGCAGCACCUGCCGUAGCUGGUUUGCCAGCUUUCGCCAAUGUUGAGGCUGCCCCAGCGGUUUCCACCACCGCCCGUUCACCACACACCAGCCGUGGCCACUGUCGCUCACGCCGUUGACCCCAAUAGCCCUGCCUAUGGCCAUGGCAUUGGCACUCUCGGCUACGGUGUUGGCCACUAUAACUUCGGCCACGGUCUUGGUGCCUAUGGUCUGAACUACGGCUACGGCCUUGGCACUCCUUUCGAAUACGCCUCUCUGCUCCGCAAGAAGAAGUGAAUUCCUUGCUGAUUCAAACAAUCAAGAUACAAGACCACGUUGCUCAAGGAGAUGACGGGACACUGACUUUUAUGCACUCAUCAUAAAUAUUUAUGUCUUAAAUUUUUUGUACAUAAUAAAAUACUCAC